UAAACAAACAGUCUAUUAUACUAUGAUGAUUUCCAUAGGUUUCCCAGAGCAGCUUUAAGGAUCGGGUAUCCCGGGGUACGCUCAACAAUAUACAAAUAUCGUCAACGGGGAAACCCGCCAAUACCUCGAUCCUUACAAGAAUUUUCCACCAUACUCCUUGGAGACCAGUGGAGACAUCUUUCUAUGACCAUCGAGGGUGGCGACGAACCACUGUUCCGAGGUGUCGUUGGCGGAGAGGCUGAAGGGUGGACAGCAGCCAUAUACGUUUCACCGCGACUACGGACUGCGCUGGUCAACACGCAACGGCUCCACAUUGAUGGAACAUUCAAAGUAUUACCCGAACAGCUGCAUGCUUAUCAGCUGGUGACAAUCCAUGGCGAGUUCUUGAAUCAUCUGUUUCCGGUAGCUUUUGUGCUAAUGACGAGGAAAACACAGGACUCCUACCAAGGUGUUUUCGUAUUUUUAAAACAAUUGAUUCCUGAUUGGAAUCCGCAGGUCAUUUUGACUGACUUUGAGUUGGCUAUGAGCAAUGCUGCUCACAGUAGUGGCCCUGCCGCCUCCGCCUCCAGCAGCAGUAGUGGCCCCACCCGCCCCCUCCUCCUGCAGCAGUAG